UCCCAGAGGGCGAGCCGCUGGGCCUCAGGCUAGUGAUGAGCACGUGUGCUGCGGUGUCUCCCAGUGCCCUCAGAAGACUGUCCCCUCCGCCUCUCACAGGGACGUUCGUCUCGGCUUUCACCGUGCUGUGCGGUGCCCGCACUGACCUCCCAGACAGGCAUGUGUGCUGCGUCUUCUGGCUGAACAUCGCUGCUGCCCUCAUCCAGAUCCUCACGGCCAUCGUCAUGGUGGGCUGGAUCAUGAGCAUCUUCUGGGGCAUGGACAUGGUCAUCCUCGCCAUUUCUCAAGGCUACAAGGAGCAGGGCAUCCCACAGCAGCUGUGAGCGCAGGCAAGCCGCUCAGAAGCCUGGUGCCCCGAGGGCCACGCCAGGCAGCGCCAGACACGGGGUCUUCACACGUUCUCUUCUGCCGUUUCCUGGGUUUGGAGUGGAAAGGGGGGAUUUAAAACUAUUAUUUAUUUUGAAAAUGCAUCUGCUUUUCUCAGCAGGUUCUGAGGGCUGCCAGCUCCUCCCGCUGCUUCAGAAAGCCUGGUUUCGGUGGGUGGCGUGGCAGACCCCCAGAGCAUCUGGGAGGGCUGGGGAGGACGGUGGAGACGGGAGUGCUGACAGGGAGGCUGGAGCGCCCAGCUCCCUUGGCCUGCUUUGCAUUGCCCACUGCCCACCAGGGGGGCACGAGGUGCUGCAUGGCCAGACAGCAGUGGCCUGGUCCAGGUGUGCAGGGCAGUCCUGCCCAUCAAGGGGCCGGACUGCAGUGGACACUUCCUCCAGGUCCCCAGCCCCUGCCAGAGCGGUCUCGUGAGGGCAGCAAUGGGCGGAAGUGAGGAUGGACAGACUCCCAUCCUGAAAAGAAUGUGCCCUCAGCUGUCGGGGGUACAGAUCCCCACAGGUGUCUCCUGGCCCUGCCCUCUCUCAUCACAGCCCCCACCUCCUUGCCACGGAAACCUUGGGGCCUUUGUUUCUCUGGGAAGGAGAGCAGUGGCUCCAUGCCUGGGGUGAAACUGCUGGACUUGCCAGAUGUUCAGACAUAAAUGUACCAACCUGGGUCUGAGUGGGCAGCCUUUCACAUUACACUCAACACCAUUUUGGCUUCAUAGUCCUUUCUCUGAAAUCCUUAGGGCCAGACAGGUCUCUGAAUUCAGAACUUUUGGAUCUGAGGAAGAGAGUAAGAGACAUUUACCAAUUCAUUUCCUAACAGCCCAGCAGAGUCUGGAACAGCGCUCUGCCAUCAAACACAUAACCAUUUCUGCAGAGAAAUAUGUGAAUAGUCAGACUAAUUAGGAUCAAUAACACUGUAAAUAGCGUCACGUCAGUACAGGUCAGAUUUUGCCACUAAAUAAGUUAUGGGAGAAAACACCAUUUGAGAGCUUUGGGGGUUUUAGAAUUGCCAAAAAAAAAAAAGUAUGGCUUUGUGGACCUGUCUUUGAAAAUCCUUCUUGCAUAGAUGCAUUCGGGUGACAUUGUUGGUGUUACAGAAUUUUCUCCCAUUGCAAAGGGGUGGUUGGGUCCUUUAAGAAACCUCUGUGAGUGAUUGUUACAGAGCUGGCGCCAACAGAAGCUGUCCAGGCUACUUCAGGUCAAGAUCGAUCAGAAAUUAAGAGAAAGCAGAUCUAAAUGACAGUAACAAGGUGGACAUCUACACGUCUGUUUUAUUUUCAUUUUCAUUCUAAUGUAGGAAUCGCUAAAAUGGGACGGCCCAAAGCCAAGUUUCCAGGCUUACCGCACUUUGUGCCAUUGGAUGGGUUUCUCUCUGAGGGGUUCUUCCUGUCCAUCAGGGACUCAGUCAGUAUCUGGCCAGGGCUGGAGAAGUGGCCUGUCUGGCCAUUUGCCCCGAGCUGGAUGGGAAAUCCUGGGGAGCCUGCAGCUAGACAAGCCCCCUGGAUUCACUGUGAGCCCAUUUUGGGGCCACUGCUUGCAUGGUCUGUGUUCUUAAACCCUCCAUCCUGGGACAGUGGCCCACCCGCUCUAUCCGCUAGGCUUCAUAGUCCUACUGGGAAGGGGUGUCGGGCUCGCUAUGGCUUGGACAGCAAACUGGCAUCCUUGGAGAAACAGAAUUCCCUCCAGCCACUCACCAGCCCCUGGGCCCUGACUCAGAGGUGGGUUCUCUGCUCCUGGACCCGAUCCUGCCCGGCAGUCCCCCACUUCAUUCUGAUGAGCAUCUGGUCCCUCUCGCAUUGCUGCCUGGGGCUGCGUUGCACUUUCUGAACACCUGGCUGUGUCUAUCUCUUCCCUCCUCCUUUCUUCCUGGCCCUGACCCAGGCCUUUGAUGCUGCUUUCAUGUUGGGAAGCCUCUGUGUUUUCAAGGUAUGGGCUCAGGUUUGGUUUCAUUCAGAAAGUCAGAACCUGCCGUUGUGUGAAGACGGUAUCCUCCAGGCCAAGAGAGAGCAGGCUGCUCUCGAGGAAGCGGCGUCACAGCACGGAGCCUCCCCUCGAAUCAGAUAAAAACAGCGUCAGUCAGUCGAGGGAAGUAAAGGCCACCAGCCUACAGCCCGUCACCCCAAACAGCUCCCCUGAGUUUGCCUGGAGCGAUGACAGGUGUCAGGUGGGGCUGCCCCCUCAGGGACCGAGGUGGAUCUGAUUUUCCUGGUUUGGCUGGAGUGGCUGCUGAGGGGGCAGAGAAGAGAUAGCAAUUUGUGUCUUACGUUUAGUGACACAGUGCAGACAUGGGUGGGGUUUUCUUGAGUGACAGUUGUCACCAUGAGUCCCAGUAUGGGAUGGCUUCAUGCAGGGGUUUAUGUGCUUGGAAGGACAGCUCCUGUCUGCACAUCCCCUCCCUCAGGUCCUCCCUUUACCUGCAGCUGCUUCUUCAAACUUGAGAAGACAGCAGUCUCAGGCGGCAGCCCCUUUGCAGGUAACUGAUGUGUGGAAGAGACCAAGAGGACUCCCUCCUGUCUUCUGAACCAUGGGUCUGUGAAGACUGCCAGGCGGGCGGAUCAGCUCAAAAUAACUUCCCGCUAAGUGAGGCCAUGGUCUCAGUAUUUUCAUCUUUAGAUAAGGAACAGUGGCUUGUGUACUCUGAGCAGUCUGAGCUGGCAGCUCAGGCUGUUAGAUGGCCAGCGUUAAUUUAUAAAACACCAGCCAGCUGAAAAGUGGUGUUCUCAGGCCAGCUAGUGCUUGAUUGACACACAGCCCUUGGGUGACAGAUUGGGCUCACCUUAGUGGCACAGCAAAAGAGUGAUGGUCCAGAAGUCCAAGGGCCCGUUUCAGGUCCAGCCUUUUAUCUAUCAGUCAGAGUUCUGUGGGACAUUCCUAUGUCACAGGUGUUUGGGGCGGGGAUCACAGUGACACAGAGAGCUUCACAGUGAACGAGAUGCUCUCGGGACCUAAUUUUGACACUUGAAUCAGAGUGGCAAUUCCCUUGAGCCAGAGCAGGAUCCUGGAGCAAGAAUGAGCUACCUGGCAGCCUGGGAGUGUCCUGUGGGCAGUGGAGACAUUGACUUGGAUCUUAAGAUCUCAGUCUGAGCCAAGACUUCAGGUCUGGAAGGCCAGGGCCCCUGUGGGAGUAACAGGGAACGAUGGUUCCGGCUCAGCUCAGGCACCCCUCCUGCCUGCCAUGGUGCUGGGGCUGCGGUCAGGGGCUACCCUGCUGUGACCUUCCCCCAACCCUGGCCUGUUGAGCAGGCAGCCUGGCCCUGGAGCCAGCCUCUGGCUGCACUCGAGGAAAGAGAAGGAAGGGACACGAUGCCCUCCCUCUGCUGCCCCCAACACCCCAUGUGUCAGCCCCGGUGACAAGGACAGCGUCCAGAGGUUGGGCCGUUGCAGGCACUGUGGGGUGCAUUUUAUUUCCUAUGACCCUUACCAGCAGCGGGGGGCUAUCAGCUGGGUUUUCAGACGGAUCCGACCCUGGCAGAAGAGCUGGACCUGGGCUCCGGGCCCACCUCAGGACUUAACCAGGAUUUAACGACACUGGCUGUUUUUACCAUGUUUCUGAUGCUGGCAAAGAAAGCCUCGUGCUCUGUGUAAACUGCUUGGGGAUGUAUCUUUUAAAGGUAAAUUCUCCGGUUGGUGGCUGCAGGCAUUAUUGACUUAUUACUCCCUCUUGUCAGCUUGUUUAGAGGGCUUUCAACAGGGGGAUUGGAGGUGGAUGAGCACUUUUAAAGCACCAGCCCCUCCCCAUCCUCGCUGACCCUCCCCAGAGACCAUGACCUUACCUAUGGGAUGAGCGGUUUGAAGCAGUUGCUGACCACCGCUGACACACACUCCCCAACGGAACCCAGCCUUUGUCUCCGUGGGCUCCCUGUGUGGGCCUCCAGCAGUCCUACAAGUGCAGGCUGCCUGUUUGCAUUUCUACCUUCAGCAAUUUCUACAUUCAGUGGGCACCAAAGUGGACCAAGCAGGUUGUGGAUGUGGCCUUGGAGAAACAGAUCAAAGAUGCCUUUUUCCUGGAGAGCAGCAUCUCUCCAUCCCCGCCUCCACAGGUGGAGUAGCAAGAUGAACCCAGGUUAGGGGUGGGAGAUGCGCUCUCCGAGGCCUGGGGCUGGACCCUCAUCCUCCAGAGAGCCCUGUGUGUGCUGGACGAGACAGGAUGCCAAGCUGUGAGGGGAAGGGAGGCUGAGGUCAGCCUGAGCAGGUGGCAAUACUCGGGGUCCUGUGUUUUCCAUCACUUUUCUUCCUGUUAGAUUCUUAGAGAUUCAGUAAGUUCGUGGGCUCACACAGGUGUGGCAGCUCCUGCUCAGACACUCCUGGAUCCACCCCAAAUCCCACGUGGAGACAGGAUGAGAGCCUCUGGUGACAGGUUGGGGAAAUCCCAACUAGAGGGAUCCUGAAUGCCUCCCAAGCCCCGGGGCUGAGUUCCAGGCUCAGCGCUGUUCGUCUCUCCCACUGUCUUAAUGGGUCAGUUUAUCCAUCUAUAGAUUGGGAACAAGGAGGGGCCUGGGCAACUGUCAUUCUUCCCAUUUCUCUCUGGGUGAAAGGCUUGGGGGAUGAGCCUCAUGGCUAGGGAGGGGGACAGGGACAGGGACAAGAGUAGCAGAGGCUGUUCUCUCUGUUCUCUCCUGUGCAAGCCCCAUGGACUCAGAGGCCAGGACUCUUUCCAGUAAAACAUAAACACUGGCCUCUCAAUUUCACUGUCACUUCCUGACCCCGUCACAGAUGGGGCAGGAUAUAACAGGGUCCCACUUGUGUGUGUCCUGAUUUCUGGUACAAGUUGUCUCUCUCUUUGGAUUUAGCUGUGGGAUUUCUGUUCCCAACCGCUCCCCAUCCCUGCCUGGAUCUGCUAAAAUUCCAGCCACUCAGGCUGGUCCAGACUCCACAGCUCACCUGGCUGCCACCCUCUCAGCCACGCACACACACCUGCCCGAACACACACUCACACCUAUACACAGGUGCACAUACACACUCACAGCCCCUUUGAUGCUGGGUGAAGGCAGGCCAGGGUCUGUCUGGAGACUCAGAACUGGGGACUUAAUGUCUCCAAAGGAGCUCCGUGCCUCACCCAGGAGCCGUCUCCCUCCAUCACGGGCUUAUUACCCCCAUUCUGGGCCCGGGUGCGCACACGGUUUCCUCUCUCUCCAGGGCCCCUGGUCUUGGACCUCUUCCUCCCAGAGUCUGCAAGCUCAGCAUCCCCACCCUGCAAACCUGGCUGGGCCCAUCUCCAUGCCCCAGCUUGGCCUUCUAUAGAAGGAGCGAGGGGGGUCUGCCCAGAGAAGAGGGGACAAUGGUCUCUUUUGGGCUACAGGCAAUCCUCUCUUUGGAGGUCCUUUUCUGUUCCCACAACUCCCCCCACCCCUCACCCCACCAGCCCCCGUAUAGGAACUAGUGAGGAGAGAAGGGGGACGGAGGUCACGUCCACCCCGCCUGGGUUAGUGCUUGAUCCAUGUUCCAAGCAGGGAGAGGGCGAUGGUGAUGGUGGCUGUACCUGGCCUGGGCACCCUGGCCCUGUUCACAGGCUAAGUUCCAUGCUGUUGUAUGUGGUGCCAUCAAAAAAA